AUGUCAAAACGAUCAGAGCUCGAAGCCCCCCUCGACCAGCAUCCUUCCACUAAGCGUGCGAAGCAGGUCGAUGAUCAUACGCCAUAUGAAGAGCUCAAAGAGCGUCUCGACUCCCAGAAAGCCGACAACAAGGCCACUAAGGUCUUGCAUUGGUUCCGCUCCAAAGACCUACGCACUCAGGACAAUCGGGCUUUGCAUGACGCCUUUGAGACGGCCAGAGAAGCGUCGGCACCUUUGGUGUGUGCCUAUUUGCACUGUGGGCCGGAAUUUGUUUGGCACGGCACGAGUCCUGCUCGUGUCGACUUCCUGUUGGAGACUUCGGCUUUGAUGCAAAAGGAGCUCCAUAAAGUGGACAUUCCACUGGUCUUCCUUGACGCUUCGGAUCGUGACGAGAUAAUCCCCGUCAUUACCAAUUUCAUCAAAGACCAGGGUGUGUCCCAUGUCUUCGCCAACUAUGAGUACGAAAUCGACGAACUUCGUCGCGAUACCAAGCUCUUGAACGAUGCCAAGGACAACGGUUACCAAGUCAGCCUUCGUCACGAUCAAACUGUUAUGGAGCCUGGCACGAUGUUGACAGGCGGCAACAAGCCCAUGAAGGUCUUUACGCCAUACCAUAAAGCGUGGCUUGGCGAGGUGAAAGAUGACCCCAGUUUCCUUGAUACUGUUCCUGCACCGUCCCAGCAACCUGGGGAUAAGUCAGCCGUUGAUGGUCUCUUCGACAGCAAGGUGCCGUCCCCUCCCAAAGAAAAAGAGUUUGCUUCUAAAGAUGAACGUGACCGUAUACGUAAGCUCUGGCCGGCUGGCCAUGAUGCUGGCAUGAAGCGGAUGAACGACUUCAUUCAAAACAAGAUCGAAGACUACGCAGCGACCCGAUCCAAUCCAGCCAAGGAUUCCUCGUCUCGAAUGUCGGCUUACUUUGCUGCAGGCGUCGUCUCUGUCCGAGAAGCGCUGUCUGCUGUCAAAAAGCACAACGAUGGCUCAGCAGACUUUUCGCAGUCCGGUGCUUCGCCUGGCGUGGCAUCCUGGGUUCGUGAGGUAGUCUUCCGCGAACUCUACCGUCAAACGACGCUGGUCACUCCUCAUACAGCGAUGAAUCUCCCACAGAACCUCAAGUUCGACUUCGUUCAAUGGGAGGAUGACGAGGAAGGCUAUAAACGAUGGGAGGAUGGUACCCUUGGCGUUCCGUUCGUUGAUGCUGGCAUGCGCCAGAUUAAGCAUGAGGCCUAUAUGCACAACCGGCUACGGAUGAACGUGUCGAGCUACCUCUACUGCAAUCUCUUGAUCGAUUACAGGCGCGGCGAGCGCUAUUUUGCUGAGACUCUGAUCGACUGGGAUCUGAACAACAACACACAAGGUUGGGAACCUUCGUACACAGUAUUCAAUCCAGUCUCACAGGCGGAGAGAAACGAUCCCGAUGGCGAUUACAUUCGCAGGUGGGUGCCAGAGCUAAAGAAUGUCGAGGGAAAAGCAGUCUUUGAUCCCUAUAAUCGUCUGAGCAAGGAGGAAUUCAAGAAGCUAGGUUAUCCGGAACCCUACGUUGACUGGAACGAGACGAAGCAGAGAUGUAUGGAGAGGUUCAAGUCAGACAUGAAGGAUGCAGAGCCAUGA